GUGUGGGAGAGAGAGCGAGAGAGAGAAAGAGAGAGAGAAGGAGGGAGGGAGAGGGAGAUCUGGACACUCCCAGACAGAGAGUCAGAGAGUCAGAGGAAGUGCAGCAGCUACCUCUCUCCAGAGCGGGAAGUCACUCACAUCAGCAUCCUCACCGCAGGUUCAGUUUCGCAGCCCAGAGACGCGCCAGGAUGUUCUACUUUCACUGUCCGCCUCAGCUGGACGGAGAGUGCUGUCGCUCUAACACAUUGAAUUCAAGCGGUUUUGGCAACCACGCCCCGGCUGAUUUUGAUGAUGGAUUUCUACGUAGAAAACAGCGCAGAAACAGAACAACAUUUACUUUGCAACAGUUGGAGGCUUUGGAGGCUGUCUUCGCCCAGACUCACUACCCGGACGUGUUCACCCGGGAGGAGCUGGCCAUGAAGAUCAACCUGACCGAGGCCAGGGUGCAGGUUUGGUUUCAGAACCGCAGAGCAAAGUGGAGGAAGACGGAGCGAGGGAGCGCAGACCCUGAAGGAGGGAAAGAGCAGAUGAGUGAGGGCACUCCUCCAUCUCGCAGCAUUAACUCUCAGUCCCCAGUGGACCACAGCAGAAAACAGAAAGAACCACUGGAGAUGCAGCAGAGUAUCAACAGGACAGUGGGUCCAAGUGGUCCGUUCUUCCCAUCUUGUAUACCAGGGACACUCCUCAACUCUGCCACCUACGCCCAGGCCCUCUCACAGGUCGCCACACUGAAAGGUAAUGGUUUGUGCUCCUGCUGUGUUUCUGACCCCAUGGGCUUGUCCUUCCUGCCGCCCUAUGGUUGUCAGGGCAACCGCACAGCCAGUGUGGCCGCCCUGCGCAUGAAGGCCCGUGAGCAUUCUGAGGCCGUGCUGCAGUCUGCCAACCUGCUCGGUGCGGCGACUGGGCCCGGUGCCGGCGUGGGAGUCCUGUCUGGAGUCGGCGUGGGCUCAGCCGGGGUGGCGAGGCCCACAGUGGGUCCUGCCAUCGAGGUGCCCGGCACUGUGGGAAGAGGGGGAGACAACUCCAGUCCCAGCCUGGCCACCAAGGUCCCAGUCCUAGGCAGCAGUCCUGACAAACACCCUCACUGUUCCAAGGAACCACAGGAGAAAAAGUGAAGCGCUGGACAUAAACGUGUACUGAUACUCUAAAUCUGUGUGAUCGUGCCUGUUAUUACUACUCUACUCUGGUCCUAUGAGCAACUAAGCACAACUACUGACUGACUCCAGAAACAGCCUGGGAAAGACUUUACUGAAAUCACAAUGUAUGGAUGCAAACAUUAAAAUACUUAUUUGACAGUAAAUUAUUAUUGUUUGUGAGAAAUGCUGAAUAUUUGGGGCCUUGUUAUCCCCACAGAAGCACAAGUGUGGUUUUGGAUCUAUAUAUGUCUUCAUGCACUCUUGGACUCUAUUUGAUGGACUAACAUAGAUACAACAUGUGUGCAACAAAGACCUAUUUGAUAAUGUGAAUUUAAGUAAUCUUGAAACAGCUCCUCUCAUUUUCAUAAAGAGGACAGAUGCUUACAUUGUGAAUGUUAAUGCAUGUAAACUGUGUAGAACUGAUGGCAGGACAGUGAGGAUUUUGGCAAUAUGUUUAUGAUAUCAGGUCAGUAAUGGGCUCAAACAAUCUCUCAUUCUUUUGAUUUUAAAGUGAAAGUGCACUUUAAUAUUAAUCAGCCAUUUUCAGUGUAAAUGUGUACAUGUGCCAGAAUACAGUAUGUUCAUGUGUGAACCCCAGGCGGUCUGUAGCAGAACCAGUGACAGAGCAGUGGUUGUCCCUUCCACUCUGUUAGCACAUCUGUAGCGUCAGCAGACAGGGAACACACAAGUCCUGUUGUGACAUGUUCUUUAAAACAAUUAAAGAUGUAGUCGCUCAUGUUCCUCUCCUGUUGCCUCUCGCUCCGGCCAUCUGUUCUGAUACAUUAUUUAUCAGUUUCCCUUAAAGCCGGGAGAGGAGAGCAAUUGUGACUCUUAUUAUUUAUUUACUUUUAGGAACGCUCACCCUCUUCCUUUUUCUCUUCCUCUCUCUUCCUCUUUUUAAUAAACCCCAUUAAACAUGAUAUAUGCUAUUUAUUAAUGUUGAAUUUACAUUUUAAAAAGUAUCAUCUCUCAUCACCUCAGGGCUCUUCACACAGUAGUUCAUCACAGGCAAUACAUGUGUUGAUUUAUUAUUCCUAAAUAUCUCUCCUCACUAGAAUGACUCUUGAAUAAAGGAUCAGUUGAUCAGAUUGAGAAUACUUAACCGCGGAGCACACAACCAGUAGUUGGGCUGAUUCAAUUUGCGUCCUUGAGGAUUUUCAGGAAAUUACUUUUGAUAGUCAAUAACACAAUUAAGUAAACUACACACACAUUAUCAUGAAUAAUUGAUAAGAAAUUAUGUAUUACCAUGAAGUACUGGUUCAAUAAUUGAUGAGGCGACACCCUGAUGACACAGAAGAGGGAGAUAAUGUCAGAAGUCGUGCCAGGUUGUACACAGAGUACAGAGCACUCACAUCCUCUUUUUUUUUUUACACCAUUAUGUGUGCAUGUUGUAAAUACCCUACAAAUAUUCCAAUAAAGUGACGCUUUCACUGA